AUGGACACAUCUACCCACACCGACCGAACCAUAGACUAUGAUGCUGGCGAUGACUCUAUUGUUCCGGAAACAUCCGUACACCACUCGUCUUUCUCUUCGGAGUCCUCCUCUGCCUUAAAGGCGCCGGUACCACUCCCAGAGUUGUCAUCGUCGUCUUCCUCCUCCGGCACUCGCGAGUCGCCGGCCCCGACUCGUACAGAAGAACCUUUCUCUUUGGAGAAAGCCUCGGCAUUGAAGGGUCCUGCCGCAUCAUCCACAGACGAAUCCACGUCUUCCCUCUCCUCCUCCUUCUCCUCGAAGAGUGAACCCUCGACGGACGCCACCAGAAGAGCCUCUUCGUCUUCUUCCUCCUCCUCCGAGUCGGAGACGGAGCCCGAGUCCGAGGAUACCAGGAACCGCUCGUAUGGCCUGCUGGUCGGUCCUUACCGCAUUAUAACCCUUCCCAAACCACAACGUGAAGAAGAGCCACACCAGUCGCCACUCCGGUCGUCACACCAGUCACCACUCCGGUUGCCAUUACAGUCGCCACUCCGGUCACCACACCAGUUGCCACUCCGGUCGCCACACCAGUCGCCACUCCGGUCGCCGCCCGGGACCGGCGCCACAAUGACACAGUCUGCCUUUUCGGAGUCCCCCUCCCUCUUCUCGUCGGAGUGCGAGCCCGAACCAGAGUCCGCGGCUGCGCAGACCUCGUCGGAGCUGGAGCACAGCCCGCGCCGACCGAGAUGCAGACAGCGCCAGCAGAGGAACCCCGUGCGGGUGAGACCCCUUUGCCGCUGCACCCACUGCAGCACCUUAGUCGUGAACUUGCCGCGUCAUUGGCGGCACGUUCACCACAAGGAACCACCAGCCAAGCCCAUCACCGUCAAGAGUCGUGCGGGACACCGGUACAGGGAGUGCCCCGUGGAAGGGUGCCACAAGGCUGUGGCACGCCUCGCUCAACACUUGUCGGUCGUCCACAAAAUACCGGCCGGAACCAUGCGGAAGGAAUUGGUCAAGCAGGGCAGGACCUUCCAAGAACUCCACACGGGAGGAGGACAACCACAGAUAUGGCCGCCCCUCGAUCCCAUCAGAGCCGUUACUCAGGGCAGGAAAACCAGACUGGAGAAGAUGAUGCGGCGGCCCUCGUCGUCCUCCGCCUUCUCAUCUUCGUCGUCGUCGUCGGACGACUCCCCUGAGCGCCGCCGGCCUCCACCAGGUGGGGCUGAGAAGAGGAAGAGUGGUGAUUGGCUUUCGCAUUCCAGGCACCCCAAGAGACGGAGGCUGACCUACACCACGUCGCCAGAGAAGACAACCGCCGACUCUGCACUUCGUGAGCGACAUACAGACUCAUCCGGCGAGCUUGGACAGGCCCGUACCCUGGAAAGCAGCAGCAGCCCAGCCCAGUCCCCGGAAGUCCCGUCCGAUGUCACCGGCUUCAUGACAGUGCCCCUACUCUGA